CUCUCCCCCCCUAGCUGAUCGACAGAGCGGUGAAGGUUCUGGACCAGAUGCCUCCGUAUGAUACCCAUAAGAUUGGAGUGGUGUUUGUCGGAGCUGGACAGGUAUUCAACGAGGUGUCCAUCCUGUCCAAUGAGUAUGGUUCUAACCGCUACGCUGGCUUCCUGACCGGUCUGGGGAAGCUGAUCCACCUGAAGGACUGUGAUCCAGACCAGAUCUUCCUGGGGGGUCUAGACCAGUAUGGAGAUGAUGGGGAGUUUACCUACUGCUGGCACGAUGACAUCAUGCAGGCCAUCUUCCACAUAGCCACCCUGAUGCCCAACAGAGACAGUGAUAAGGGCUGCUGUAACAAGAAGAACACAUCGGAAACCUCCUGUUAUGGUGGCCAUUUCCACAUAGCCACCCUGAUGCCAACAGAGACAGUGAUAAACUGGGGACCAUCAAGAGAGGAGUACAAACUGGGGACCAUCAAGGGUCAGUUUAACUUUGUUGAGGUGAUCAUUAAGCCUCUGGACUACGGAAGUAACCUGGUCACCCUGCAGUGCAGGAAAGAUCUGGAGGGUCUAGUUGACACCAGUGUAGUGAAGAUCGUCUCAGACCAAAACCUUCCAUUGCUGGUACGACAGAUGGCCCUACACGCUAACAUGGCAUCUCUGGUCCACCAGUACAGAGCAAACCCUUCUGAUGCCUACGCCUCCAAGUGGCUGGCCAGACUACGACACAUCAAGAGACUCCGGACAAGGGCCCAGGAGGAGAUCCAGUCUCGCCCCACCCCCGGUAUCUCUCUGACCCAGAGCCACUCCUCCCAGACCAAACAGUCCUCCUACCAGCAGGUCAGUGGUGGAGGCUCCAACACGGACUCCUCCGGACAGAGGAAGAGACUGGUCUCCACCGUGACGACUUCACCGACUUCGUCUGAGCCUUGA